UGCAACAUACUCCAUCUUUUGACGUGUUUACAUGGUGGGCGCCUCUGCAUAACGGUGCGGUGACUUUGAGUAACAUUCAGGUGGCGUGUAUCUCUUAAACCUUUAAUAUUAAACAUAUUGAACUGCAAUACAGCUAGUAAAUAUUACUAAAGUGAGAAGGAGAGUUGGAAAUAUUCCAAACAGAAAUGGCUUCCCAAAUCCGACAAAACUUCCAUCAGGACUGCGAGGCUGCAAUCAACAGACAGAUCAACUUGGAGCUGUAUGCCUCCUAUGUUUAUCUCUCAAUGGCGUACUACUUUGACAGGGAUGAUAAAUCCCUAGAAAAUUUUGCUAAAUUCUUCAAUGCCCAGUCAAAAGAGGAGCGUGAGCAUGCAGAGAAGCUGAUGAGUCUGCAGAACAAGCGUGGAGGCAGAAUUUUCCUGCAGGACAUCAAGAAACCCGAUAGAGACGAGUGGGGGAGCGGCCUGGAGGCCUUGGAGUGUGCUUUGCAGCUAGAGAAAAGUGUAAACCAGUCCCUGCUGGACCUGCAGAAAAUGGCAGCCGAACACAAUGAUCCUCAUAUGUGUGACUUCGUAGAAACACAUUUCCUGGAUGAGCAGGUGAAAUCCAUCAAACAGCUGGCAGACUGGAUCUCAAACCUGCGUCGCAUGGGCGCUCCUCAGAAUGGGAUGGCCGAGUACCUCUUUGACAAAAACACCAUGGGGGAGGAAACCAGUUAAACUGAGUAGCAAAUCAUCGUCCAUCUUCACCUCUGGGGAAGCAUUUUGUGUCAAAAUUUCUCAAAAUAUCAUUUCAUGUGGCAUUAUAGCUAUUUAUGCAUCAACCUUCUGUGGCGAUAUUUAGAUAAAUAUGUGUUUUGAGUUUAGACCAUGGCAAAGUAACAUUUAUCAGUGGUUGUGUGAUGGAAAAAAAGUUCACCUUCACACCUGGAUUAAGACUACCCUACGUUCUCCAGAAUUUACAAAACCAUUCAAAUCAUGGAAAACCUCAUUGUAGCGAGGAGGCAAGCAACGCAUACCGCUUUGUUAGUACUAGGCACAUAUAGAACUCCAGAAAAAAAUUUUAAAUGAUCAGUUUCUCUGAUUUUAGGUACAUGUUUGAGUAAAAUUAACAUUUUUCUUUUAUUUCAUGAACUACUGACAUGUCCAACCAAAAGUUUUUUAUUUGCAGAAAAUGAUAAAUUGUCAAAAUCAUGAAAAAGGAGUAGCGCUUUCCGACCUAAAAUAAUGCAAAGAAAACAAGUUCAUAUUCAUUUAAAAACAACAAUACUAAUGUUUUAACUCAAGAAGAGUUCAGGAAUCAAUAUUUGGUGGAAUAACCAGGAGGUUUUCUAUGGGGCUCAGUGCAGUGGGCUCUUCAUCUUUUCUAGGGCUGAAGUUGUUCUUGCUCCAUUGUUGGCUGUCCUGCUGAAUGGUGUUGCCACAGGGAAUACCCUCACAAUCUGCAGAAUUUACCUACAAUUGUAGGCAGUUUCUGGUUCUAAAUUAUCACUUUCUAUCUUAAUGUAGAGCAGUGGUUCUUAACCUGGGUUCGAUCGAACCCCAGGGGGUAAAAGUUUGUUUACCUCAGGUAAACAAACUUUAAUUUUAUCAGCUUUCUGACAGCACAAGAGGAUGAACUUAAAUGAUUUUCUGUGCUGAACUCGGUGGACCAGUGUAAUUAUUUUUAUCUGAGAUACUUGGCAAGUGCAGGAUCCACACAGAACGUCCCCAAGAUGGGUUUUUUGAUAAUCACCGUUUCAGUUUAUUUUUAGUGUUGUGCUGUCUUUAUUGUAAAGUUAUUUCCGAAAGCCUUCUCAUCCUUCUCACCACCCUCCGUAUUUAAAUGCAGUACCACUAGACAUCAAUGCAAAUUCAUUCCAUUCAUUCUGGACAUGAACUUUCAACAAUCUUCUUGUUUAUAUCUGAGGUAUAUUUGCCUCUAAAACACUAGGAUUUAUAUUCUAUAUGGAUCACAGCACAUAAAAAAAUCUUCUGCACAAGCGUCAUGCGGAUUUCUUUUUUAUUCUGGUCACAAUGCUGCUUCCAGGCUCUUUCCUGUAGAAUUUGUAAAUAAUGUGCUACCACCAGGAUGUCUGGAGAAACAUUGCUGAACUGCAUCAUGCAUUAUACGGACCGCUGACUGUUGAGGAUGUGGUGCGGUCUCAGACCAGGGUGAAGGAGAACUUGCUGAAAGAUAUGCAUAUUUUCCUACUGUAAAAUAGUUUCGCUUAUAGCCGAUGACAGAUUGGUUUCUUUCAUUAGCAUUAAAGCCAUAACCUGCACUUAGAACUGAAUUACUGUCUUAGAAACAAAGCCAUAAAUUUGUAGUCAGUAUAGACAGUAAAAAUAGUAAGUAUUUUAUUUAAAGUGAUGCAUACCCAGGAAUCUGGGUAGUUUUUACAUCAUAUAUUUUCGAAACUUUGUUCAUUAUGGAAAAACAUUGUUUUGUUGGUAUAAUUUCCUCAUUUUUGAUCAGUUUCUUCACAACUUUAAAAGUUUGAGUUCAGUAUCCCGUAGUUACUUUACAACAUUGAAUAUUCUUGUCGGACAUACAAAAAAGCUUGUCUUAUGAAAAUAAAGCAAUAAUAUUCAAAUGA